AUGCCAGACCGUCCACCCGACUCUGGCAGGUUCUCUCUCUCUCCACCCAUCAUAUGCCCGAACUCUACGAAAAGUGAAUUCAUGGAGUCGUUUCAAGCAGACUCAUUCGGACACGAACCUCCCGCAAAACGCGUCAAGUACUCGCCAUUCCCAGAUAACGAAGCAGCGAUGGGAUUUCAACGACAAGAACUCACGGAAGAAGAUACAGCAAAAUAUGCAGCAAACUACAGCACAAUCGGAGACAACUCAUCUAUGCCUGGCGAUCAAGAAACAACAGAGGAUCACGAUAUGGAGGAAGUAGACGCACAAAAUCUCGCAGAUGACAUAUCCAUUGAAGGCGAGCCUGUUGGAAGCCCCAGAGAAGAUCACGAAACACUGCUCGCCAGAGCGCAAAAGCUAGAGCUCAUCGUCCAACUAUAUCAACAAAAAGACAAGAAAGCUGCAGCCAGAUUGAUUCAGUCGCAAGACGACCUUGAGAAAGCAAUCAAAGGAUUCGAUGACUUGAGUGUUCAGAAUACGAAACUCAGCCAAGAUGUCCAGUUCAUGAACCAAAGAAUCGCUAAAGUCAAAGAAUCCGAACAAUUGCAGCGUGAACUCGAGACUGCCACGGGCGAAAACAUGUUUCUCAAGCUGCAAGUUGAAGCUCUCAAGGGUGAGAAAGAGGAAAGUGUACAUCGUGUCAUUAAUCUGGAGCAGGAAGUUGGUGGUUUGAAGUCUCGACUUAGGGGACGAAGUUUGGCAUCUGCGGAAUCGGAGCAGAAUAUUUGUCAUACUCCUGAGCCUAUGGAAGGAUUGAAAUUUGGUGGCAAGACUAGACAGAGUGUUGGAUAUAUCAACGGUCCCUUUUCGACGCGUAAAUAUCGUAAUCAGCAUAGAGCUUUGACUCUUGGAAGGGAGAAACCGACAUUCCAGGAGUGGCAUACAGAUGUUAAAACGAUGACAAGAGAUGAGAGGGAUGAGGAGCUGUCCACGCUGGAGAGGAAAGUGCGUAUUCUUCGGCUGUUGAAUGGAAGCCGAGACGUUGUUACUCCCGCUUUUCGAUGA